AUGUCCAAUUGUUCGUGGGAAAUGCAGGUCAUCUUGGGCGCUUCUUACCUCGUGAUGAAUGGCAUUUAUAUGCUAUGUGCUUUAACACCUGCAGUCAGCCGGUUGUGGCACUGGAACUUGGGGUCAUUGAAUAUAACGGCGACAUCAAGAAAGCAGUCGAACAAUUACACCCAGGUCCUCUGGGAGGCAAUUUACGCCACCAAAGAAAUCCAGUGGGCUCUGACAGGGAAGCUUGUCCCUUCAACGGAUCCAUGGAAAAUGUGGCUUGACGAGGCAAAGGCAAAUUGCUAUAAUCCGGAUUGGGACCGUGAAGGUGCCAGGGAUAUGUGGAUGAGACACUUUUUGAGCGCUCCUGUUGAGGGCUCAAAGGAGCGGGCCAGUCAAGCCGUAUCCAAGGACGCAGUGGAUGUGUCGGAUGUAUCCAUGCGACAACUUGAUAUGCCCAAAAAGAGAACUACUCUGAUUUUAGAGCUGCCAUUCCAGUAG